CUGGCAGCAGCAUGGACACAUCCUCAGUAUCAAUGGAGCAACAAGAAGCAAGGGCUUUCUGGACAAAGCAGUUCGCGAAUGUGGAAGCCGAACCGUUCCCUCGUCUGCCAUCUUCGAAUUACACUCCACGGCCUAGUCAGAGUGUCGAGCACAACAUCGAAGGCCUCGGAUGGGACUCUAGCGCUUUCAAGCCCUCGGUCUUCAUACGACUGGCCUGGGCAAUCCUACAGUCGCGUUACACCAAUUGCAAUGACGUUCUUUUCGGAGCAGCAGCAGGCGUCAAUGGCACGGCAUUCCCGAAUCGCGUGCAACUGAAGCGGGAUGAGACGGUGUGGGACGCACUGCGAAGUUUACAGACACAGGCCGAGCAGAUGGCUGUUCAUAGCCGUGUGGACUAUACGAGCUUGAUCCAAGACGGGAGCGACGAAGCAGAAAUCGCCAGCAGCUACAAGACGUUGCUGGUGUUGACCUCGACAGAGGCUCGGCCACAGCAGCAGCAGCGAGAGCGAAGACGGAAAUCACUGGUCGAUCUGUACGCUCUGACCAUGGAGUGCACCAUCUCCCUUUCCGGCCUGUGGGUGAGGUUUGUCCACGAUCCGGCCAUCCUCAGCAAUGAGCAGGUGGAACGCAUGCAGGCUCAACUGGGUCAUAUCUUGAGACAGAUCUUGAUGCAGCCCCAGUCCCACAUUGGCGACAUUGGCGCUGCGAGCGAAGAAGACUUGCAAGACAUUUGGAGCUGGAAUGAGUAUGUCACCGAGGCCGUCGAUGUCUCCAUGACGAGCACGCUGGCAAAGGCGACGGCGGCACACUCCGACGCACUGGCAGUCGAGGCAUGGGACGGCAAGCUGACGUAUGGCCAACUGGACGAGCUUUCCACGCGAUUGGCCUUCCACCUCGCAGCGGCCGGUGUGGCAGCAGAUACCAUCGUGCCGCUCUGCUUCGAAAAGUCCAUGUGGACGAGUGUUGCCAUGUUGGCUGUCGUCAAGGCGGGAGCUGCGUCCAUGUGCUUGAACGCGAGAUAUCCAGCAGAGUACCUUCGCAGGCUCGUGAACCGCUCGCAACCAGCCGCCGUGCUAUGCUCACCAGGAACGGCGAGAUUGGCUGCACAAGUGACUGAUCAUUUCAUCGUCACUUUGAGCAACGACUUCUUCGCAAAGCUCAACGUGGAACCUCUCGAACCACUCCCUGCAGCCCAGCCAUCCAGUAGACUCUGUGUCAUUCCCACAUUUGGCAACUCGCUCGUCGCGCUCACGCACAGCAACUUUGUCACUGCUCUCGUCCAUCAGACGAGACUGUUCGAGAUUACCAACCUGUCCCGCAUCUACGACCUGGACUCGUACAACUCGGACCUCAUCUGGCUCAAUCACUUCCUCGCCUUCACGAACGGUGCAUGUCUGUGUGUACCCUCUGAUGAAGAACGGAAAGGCGACCUCGCCGAAUCGCUGUCUCAAUUCCAAGCCAGUGUCCUCAUUACCACUGCCUCUUCGGCGCAAAACAUUGAUCUCUCACAAGCCAUUGACCUUCAAACUCUGGUCGUCUGUGGUGAGACAACCCCGAAACUGGAACUCCCACCACAUGUCCGACUUAUUUCUGGACAUGGCGUGCCCGAAUGUACCAUACUGGCAACAUACGCUACGGAGCAGCAGGUGAUGACGAACAGUCACUGUCUCGGACGAGUACCAGCCGGCAAUGCCUGGGUGGUAUCCACAUUUGAGCCCCGAGAGCUUUGUGCGGUUGGCGAAACUGGAGAACUCUGGCUGGAGUCGCCCCUUGUUGGUGCUGGCUAUGUAGAUGAUGAGAAGCGGACUCAGGCGUACUUUGUGAACGAUCCUGGCUUCUUGACUCGAGGUGGGCCAGAUGUCGCAGGCCGGAAUGGACGACUUUACAGGACAGGGGAUCUGGUACGAUAUAUGCCCGAUGGCUCUCUCGACUUUGUCGGAUAUCGAGACCCGUACAUUACAAAGACACGUGGGCAGCGAAUUGACCUCACCGAGAUCGAAAGUGAAAUGCGCCGCUUACUCGGGGGCCAAGUGGUCGAUGUGGCAGCACAAGUCAUCUCUCCGCAAGGUCAGCCUGCACCAGUCCUUGCUGCUUUUCUCGUCCCGGCUGGCGAUGUGAACGACUCGAGCCUGCUGGGAGAGACUGUUGCAGAGCUUGCAGAGACGCUCAUGGUCCAGCUCAAGCAGACGCUGCCUUCACGCAUGCUGCCCGUCGUCUUCUUGCCCAUCCGAUCCUUGCCACGGAUGGACAAUGGCGAGUUGAACCGGAAAAGACUUCGUUAUACUGCGGAGCUCAAGUCUCAAGUUCCAGAAAAUCGAACGGCCAUUCACGCCAUCCGGCCCAAGCAAGCCAUGACGAUUCUUGAAGUCCAGCUGCAGCAGUUGUGGGCGCAAGUGCUGGGAAUCACUGACCGUUCGUCCAUCACCGCCAAUUCCAAUUGGAUGGAACUCGGUGGCGAUGAAUCAGCUGCUACUCGUCUCGCCAAUGCAGCGCAAAAUUGGGGUCUCGAGGUAUCAGCAGCAGAUAUCCUUGCUCAACCCCGAUUGGCAGAUAUGGCAGAGCGUGUCAAACAUUUCCACCGAGCAUCGAUUGUUGCGCCGGAAGGUAUCGAUCAACCGUGGUCCGACAUGCGUCGAGGCACUUUUGAGUCGGACUUUGGAUCUGUUGCCUCGUUUAGUAGUGCGGUCGCAUAUCAUGAGCCAUCCUCUAAAGUUGACAGACGUCGGUCCAGUAUUCUAGUCAAUGGGAAAGAGGAACUCCCCCCUGCUCCUAUGGCUUUGACGCCAGUCACAGCGAUGCAAAGGAGAUUUCUGUUGGGGUCUGUAAACCGCACGCCUAUUGGGACCGAAUACUAUGCAUUUGACGUGCAGUCAUCUCUGGAUCCAGUCCGAGCCAUCGAGGCAUGCCGAAAGCUAUGUCAGCACUUUGACGUUCUUCGCACCAUUUUUGUACAGGUCGAGGACGCCCUCUACCAGACCAUUCUCCCUGAAGUCGACGUUCCCAUGGAAGUGCAUCAAGUCAGCAACAGCAGCAGCUUAGAAGAAAUCUCCCUGGCAGUGAUUACAAAAGACUCUCAAAACUUCCCCGUCACCCUCGGUCGAACUUUCUUGCGCAUCUAUAUCCUGCACAACCCUUCCACUUCGCACUUGCGAAUCAUUCUGCGUACCAAUCAAGCCUAUACAGAUGAGAAGAGUAUUUCUAUUCUCAAUUCUGCACUUUCCACCGUCCUCGCUGGCAAACCUCUACUCGCUGCUCCUCAAGGACAACAACAACCUUCUUCUUAUUCAUCUCAUAUGACCGAAGCCAGUAAAUCCUACUGGCGAAAUCUCCUUCUUGGAUCCACCAUGUCUUUUAUCCCUCGCUCAUCAACAUCUCAAACCCAACCAACGAGAACCAUUUCCGUCUCUUCUAUCUUCACCUUGCCCACUACUUCUUCUUCUUCUUCUUCUUCAUCAACACCACCACCACAAAUCCUCUUCACAGCCUCCUGCGCCCUCCUCUUUUCCCAAAUUUCCGGCUCUACAUCUUCUUUUUCAACAAAAGCAAAAGAAGUUCUUUUCGGCCACAUAUUCUCUCCUCCUCCUCCUUCUUCUUCUUCUUCUUCUUCUUCGCCAACAAAAAUCGGCAGCAACAAAAUUCUCAUCCCGAUUCGAUGUCGAAUCUCAAAUCCUUUUUCUUCAUAUGAAAUCAUCCGGCAAAUUCAAGAACAAUUUUCUGCGGGGAAAGCUUUUUAUGGAGAAGGAUUUGAUUUUGCAAUGGUGGCAAAUGAUAAUUGCUAUGUGAGAGAUUGUCGGGGAAAAAUUGAAAAGGGAGAUUUUGGCGCUGUGGGGGAGUGGGUUGAGGAUUUUUCGGCUUCGACUUCGGCUGCUUCGGCUGCUGAUUCUGCUUCGGCUGAUGGGGGAAGUGGAAGUGGAAAUGGAAGUGCAGGAACAGUAAAACUUCUUCGUCCAAGAAGAGGAAAGAAAAAUCCGAUUUCCAACUCCAACAAAGAAGAACUCGAAGAAGAACUCGAAGAAGAACUCGAACUCGAAAGAAGUAACGCCGUCUACAUCAAAGCAAUCCCUCUCCCUCUCCCUCUUUCCCCUACACAAAACCAACAAAACCAACAACAAAAAAUCCAAAUCCAAAUCUCCGCCCGAAGCGACGUCCACAGUCAGGCAAAAUUGUCCGAAAUGUUAAAAAUUUUCAACGAGAUUUGGGAGAAAAUGGGGAGGGAGUGUUUGGUUACAGAUCCUGCUACAGGAAUGGGAAUGGCAGGAAGGGGGGAGAAUAAGAGGAAAAUUUCGAUGGCGGAGGGAUUUUUUUAAAUUUUUUUUUGGGGGGGGGAUUGGGAUUCUCGACUUGUUUACUUACCUGACUAUUUCUGAUUGCGUUGUUAUAUGUCUUCCUAUGUCUUUCUAGUGAUGUAGAGGACCUUAGCUUAGAAGGAAUUCCC